GUGUGACGUAUAAUGUAGUGGGCGGAACGCUUUUUUCAACAGCAGCAAAGUAGCUUGCUAGACAAAAUAGCCGAACCAAUAAAGCUCUUUAGACGCUUUAGUGUAUAUUAGCCACUGUGUUUUAAACCCACUUCUGUCGUCUAGUUAGUUAUCCGAUUUAAUUUCAUAUUUACAGUGGUGUUGUUACUAGUCAGCUAGCGGGCUGGUUAAGUUAGCAUUAGCCUAGCUAGCUAACAUCCCCGACCAUGAGCUCACUAAGCUACUCUCCUCCUGCUAAAGAAGAGGUCUGCUGGACGGAGAAAGAAGCUCUUGUGAAAGAGGAGGAGGAAGAGAAGGAUGUUACAAUACAAAAACAGGUAGAGGGUGAGGCUGUUACAGUGAAAGAAGAAGAGAAAAACGUUUCAGUGAAAGACGGGGAAGACCCGUUCAGAGUGAAAGAGGUGGAGGAUGUUACUGUGAAAGAAGAGGAAGACGCGUUCAGAGUGGAGGAGGAUGCAGUAUUUGGAGUGAAAGAGGAGGAGGAGAUGACUGUCACAUCGAAGAAGGAAGAAGAGGAGGAAACUGGAUAUCUGGGCUCGGUUUCCCAAGGGCAUCAUAAGGCGUCCAAUGGUUCUAAUGAUGAACGUGCCCUGAUUAACACUAGAGAGAGACGGGACUACCAUGGGUCCUCUGGGGAGCCUCAACAACCUCAUGAUGCUGACAAGGCAGAGAAGAGUCUCUCCACAUUAGCACACCUCAAGAAACACCAGCAGAGAUCCACAGGGAAGAAACCUCACUGCUGCUCUGACUGUGGGAAAAGAUUCACCACCUCAUCAGGCAUGAAAAUUCAUCAGAGAAUCCACACAGGAGAGAAACCUUAUAGCUGUGGUCAAUGUGGGAAGAGUUUUGAUACAUCUAGCCAUCUUAUUGUACACCAAAGAACACACACGGGAGAGAAACCGUAUAGCUGUACUCAAUGUGGGAAGAGCUUUAGUCAUUCAAACAGCCUGAUAUCACACCAGAGAACACACACAGGAGAGAAACCUUAUAGCUGCGGUCGAUGUGGGAAGAGUUUUACUACUUCGAGCAAUCUGACGCUUCACCAGAGAACACACACAGGAGAGAAACCUUAUAGCUGUGAUGAAUGUGGGAAUAGUUUUACAACAUUGCGUAAUCUGACUCUUCACCAGAGAAUACACACAGGAGAGAAACCUUAUAGCUGUACUCAAUGUGGGAGGAGUUUUACUCAAUCACCCAGCCUGAUAUCACACCAGAGAACACACACAGGAGAGAAACCUUUUAACUGUGCUCAAUGUGGGAAGAGUUUUACUAGGUCAACUGGCCUGAUAUCACACCAGAGAACACACACAGGAGAGAAACCUUAUAGCUGUGAUGAAUGUGGGAAGAGUUUUGUUACAUCUAACAGUCUGACUAAACACCGGAGAACACACACAGGAGAGAAAUCUUAUAGCUGUGAUAAAUGUGGGAAUAGUUUUGUUACAUCUAACAGUCUGACUAAACACCGGAGAACACACACAGGAGAGAAACUUUUUAGCUGUGCUCAAUGUGGGAAGAGCUUUACUGAGUCUAGCUGUCUGACUAAACACCAGAGAACACACACAGGAGAGAAACCUUAUAGCUGUGAUGAAUGUGGGAAGAGCUUUGUUACAUCUAACAGUCUGACUAAACACCGGAGAAAACACACAGGAGAGAAACUAUAUAGCUGUAAUCAAUGUGGGAAGAGCUUUACUGAGUCUAGCUGUCUGACUAAACACCAGAGAAAACACACAGGAGAGAAGCCUUUUAGCUGUAAUCAAUGUGGGAAGAGUUUUACUCAGUCAACCAGCCUGAUAUCACACCAGAGAAAACACACACAGGAGAGAAAUCUUAUAGCUGUGCUCAAUGUGGGAAGAGUUUUACUACGUCUAGCAAGCGGACUACACACCAUAUAACACAUACAGGAGAAACCUCAGCUGUGAUCAGUGUGACCAGAGAUAAUCUGAUAAAAUACCUCAAUCAAUGAAUUAAUGUCAAAUGUUUUAACAUUGUAGAAGGAGUAUUUAAUGAUGUCACAAUGUAGAAUGUUUUAAUAUUGUAGUAGGAGUAAUUUAAUGAUGUCACAAUGUAGAACCCUAAACGUUUGUCCCCUGUUCUAUUGAUUUCAACAUGAUAUGGAUAUUAGCCUCAGGGGGAAAAUCCAGGCUCUGAAAUGAAAGAGUACUAUUUAUGAGAUUUAACAAAAAGUGACUAAUAGAAAAAGAGUUGUGUUACACUUACCGCAUUGGCAACCUACUUGAAUCAAAAUGCAACACUUCAAAAUGUAACGAUCUGUUUUCUACAAAGGUUCCUCUAACCAGUGAUGUACACAUUAUUCCCAGAUUUCGUGUGGUUUUUGAGCUGUUAGUUUAACGGGACGUGCAACCUCAUCUCCCUCCUCUCGGUACAAUUGAUUUCAACGUGAUAUC